UCCCUGGAAAUGAUACCCAAAUUUUCUCACUGAUCUUUUUCGGCGAUUAAGGAAAACGAAGAUGGAGAAGUCUCAGAAGAAGACUAGCUUGCAACUCCAAGCCCUCGAAAGCUUCUAUGAAGAGGAAAAGUAUCCGAGUCGAACUGCUAUGGAAUGCCAUGCCACAGUGUUUGGAUUGACUUACAAGCAGGUUCGGGGUUGGUUUGUUGAGAGGAGGAGGAGGGAGAAGAGGAAACGUACAGCUGGUGAGUUGUUGAGUGGAAGAAAUGGGGUGGGAGUUGCUGCUACUAGGGUAGCUAAAAGAAGUGACUCGAGUCAGAGAACAAAAGCUGCUGCUUCAGGUUUGAAAUGCAAGAAGGGAGCCAUAAAAGCUAGGAUUCAGAGAUUGCGAAAUCCGGACUACCUUCUUAAGAAAGUGUUCCGCAAGGACGGCCCUCCAAUCGCUGUGGAGUUUGAUGCUCUUCCUUCUCGAGCACUGUGGAAGUCUACAGAUUCCCAAAAUGAGGAGCUAAAUAGCAGUGCUCCAAGGAAAAGACAUGGGGCCGGAAAAGACUUGAUGACUAUGAGAAAACAGGGUGUUGGGAAAGACUUAAUGACAGUGAGAAGGCAUAACGGUGGAAAAGACUUGAUGAAAAUGAAACAACAUGGUUGUGGGAAAGACUUGAUGACAAUGAAAAAACAUGGUGGCGGUAAAGGUUUGAUGACAGUCUGGCGGGCAAACAAUCCUGAUGCUGAUGCUAGAGACUUUCUCGUUGACAUGGGUUUAGCUAAUGGCGAAGUCACUCAUGUAUCACGGAAACCACAAACUCGGAGCAGAAGAUUGCAACAACAAAAAUCUGUUCCUAAACAGGGAAGGUUACAGAGCAAGUUACAAGAAAAGAGGAAGCGUUUUGUCAAAAGAAGAGAGGUGGAAUAUAAUGAAGUCUCAAACCAGAAGCUGCCUAGCAAAGAAAAAUGUGAACUUUCCUUGGAAGGAUCAGGUUCUGAAGACCACUCGGAUAAGAUCGCAAUGCUUGUGGAUGAUGAAGAGCUUGAGCUUAGAGAAUUACAAGCAAGACCAAUUUCACUGGGGUGCUUGAAUCAUUUUACUACUAAUGGUGAUCAUGGUUGUUCACUUUGCAAAGAUUCGCUGGUUAAGUUUCCUCCUAGUUCUGUCAAGAUGAAGCAGCCAUUUCAUAUGCAACCUUGGGAUUCUUCACCAGAGAUUGCCAAGAAAUUGUUUAAGGUUUUUCAUUUCCUUUAUACUUAUGUGGUUGUGUUAGAUCUAUCUUCCUUCACUGUGGAUGAGUUCGCUCAAGCAUUUCAUGAGAAGGAUUCCUUGCUACUUGGAAAGAUACAUGUGGCUCUUUUGAAGCUUCUUUUAUCCCAUGUUCAAGCGGAGCUAUCCUCUGGAUCUAUGCAUCACUUGAGCAAAUCUUGCAAUUUUCUCGCAUUUAUCCACUCGCUUGAAAAUCAAAAAUCUACUUUGGAAUUCUGGGAGAGAUCUCUGAACCCCUUAACAUGGACAGAAAUACUUCGUCAAGUACUGGUUGCUGCUGGUUUUGGUUCAAAGCAGGGUGCGAUGCGGAAGGAAGUCCUUAGCAAGGAAAUGAGCCUUAUGGUGAAGUAUGGUUUGCAUUCUGGUACUCUGAAGGGUGAACUAUUUAGAGUUCUGCUAGAGCAAGGAAUUAAUGGUUUGAAAGUUUCCGACUUAGCGAAGUCAUUGCAGAUUGCUGAAUUGAAUGUUUCCAGCAGAAUAGAUGAUUUGGAGUCUUUAAUUAGUUCGACUCUUUCAAGUGAUAUUACAUUAUUUGAAAAGAUUUCAUCAUCCACAUACCGUUUACGCAUCAAUUCUUCUGAAGACGAAGUUGAGGAGCUUCAAUCAGAUUCUGAAGACUCUGGCACAGUUGAUGAUGACCUGAGUGACAGUGGUAUAUGUAGCAGUGAUGAUGAUUCUGGGUGCAAUUCAGGAAAUCCCAAUAUCAGAAAAUCGAUUCAUGUCAACCGCCAUAGAAGUAAAACUAACAUGCGGAAAGUACACACUGAAAUUGAUGAGAGCCAUCCAGGAGAAGUAUGGUUGUUAGGAUUGAUGGAAGGCGAGUAUUCAGAUUUAAGCAUUGAAGAGAAGUUGAACGCGAUAGUGGCUCUAAUUGAUCUUCUUCAUGCAGGAUCCAAUAUGAGAAUGGAGGAUCCUGCAAAUAGUAUUGCUGAAUGCAUUCCUAACAGCCUUCAUUCUGGUUCUGGAGCGAAAAUUAAGAGGUUAUCAGCUAAACAGCAUAGCGUCCCCAGGUCAUCAUGGGUCCAUGCUGGAAAUAUGGAUGGUGUAAAUGGAGAUCAUACACGAUCACUGUUCCACCCUAUAGAUUCUUCAGCAUCAAUCUCAAAAUUUUAUGGAGAGAGAUACUCUACAAAAGGAAAAUAUUGCGGCUCUGACUUACACCCAAUGCAAUCUGUGUUUUUGGGGUCAGAUCGUAGGUACAGUAGAUACUGGCUUUUCUUGGGCCCUUGUAAUGCAUACGACCCGGGCCAUAGAAGGGUUUAUUUUGAAUCUUCAGAAGAUGGUCACUGGGAGGUUAUUGAUACCGAAGAGGCUUUAUGUGCCUUGCUGUCAAUUUUGGAUGAUAGGGGUAAAAGAGAGGCUUUUCUUAUUGAAUCUUUGGAGAAACGGCUUACAUUUCUGUGUGAAGCAAUGUCAAAUACAACGGCAAGUAGUGAUGGAAGUGAGAAUUUGACGCAAUCUGAUCGCUCAGAACUGGAUAAUGCAAGAGAAGACACGUAUUCACCAAUAUCUGAUGUGGAUAACAACUCUUCUGAGACUGUAAAUGAUUCUGUGCCUUUGAAUGGAACUGAAGUUCCUGAAGUUCGAAAGAAAGGGGAAGAACUGCAACAGAAAUGGAAACAAAUCCAAGCAUUUGAUUCAUGGUUAUGGAAUUCAUUCUACCUAGAUCUAAAUUCCGUUAAACAUGGUAAACGGUCAUAUUUCGAUACACUUACUAGAUGUGAAAGCUGUCACGAUUUGUAUUGGAGAGAUGAGAAGCACUGCAGGAUUUGCCAUGCAACAUUUGAGCUUCAUUUUGACCAGGAAGAAAUGUUCGCUAUCCAUGUAGCCACAUGUAGGGAGAAGGAAACAAGUACUACGUUUCCUGAGCAUAAGGUUCUCUCAUCACAAAUCCAAUCUCUAAAAGCUGCGAUCCAUGCAAUUGAGUCGGUUAUGCCUGAAGAUGCCUUGUUGGGUGCUUGGAAAAAAUCUGCUCAUAAGCUAUGGGUGAAACGUCUUAGACGGACAUCAUCAUUGUCAGAGCUAUUGCAGGUUCUUACUGAUUUUGUUAAAGCCAUCAAUGAGGACUGGCUGUAUAAAUGCAAAAUUGCGCAAGGUUCUUGCAAGCUUGGUGACGAGAUCAUAUCUUCUUUUGCGUCUAUGCCUCAUACAACAUCUGCAGUUGCACUCUGGUUGGCAAAGUUGGAUGACUUGAUUGCUCCUUAUAUCAAAGGACCCUGUUCUGAGAGAAGGCAGGGGACCACCAUUAGAGGUAAGCAUCCAAAGCAAUAGCCCCACCUUUCCCAGGAGAUAUGUGCACCUUUUCUUUUUGAUGGAUUGACCAUUUAUACGUCCACUGUAGUCACCCUAGUACGACUGCAGCCAGAUCAGUGAAUUUUUUGCAGGCUUUGAGAUGGCGGUAGUUUGUUUGAAGCUUAGAUUUGCUUUUCUCUUUAGUGGGUUCCUUAUAUGGCUAUUGAGAAUUAGAUUUAGAGCCAUUGAGGAAAGUUGGACGUUUAGAGUACAUACAAGUGUCAUCUCAGUGAAGCGCGCCCAGAGCAAAACCUUUUAUCCUUUAUUCUCUUGUAAAGAACAACACAGCGUCAUACUGUUUCCUGAAAUGGAGGAUUCAGAUUUUGUCAAUGCAUUGUUUGUUCUGGUUUUGAGAAGAGAGCGAUAAGGUGUUACCAAAUGUACAUGGUUGUAAAGAAAAACUGAACAUUGUUUUGUUCUUGUUUGAAGUUUAGUAUAGUUAAUAGUCAUCUUUGCUGUAUCAUCUAUUAUAUAGCAGACCGGUGGUUAUUGUAGCUGAACAGUAACCUUAAGACUUGGCUGCUGACCUUUAGGCUUUAGAGGUGAGAAAUUGGUGGAAGGCGUAAGCUUCACAAGUGUAAUAUGUAGGAAAUCAAAACUUGGGUCCAUAUUUUGUUGGAAUGAAUUAGAUUGUAUAUAUGUUUCACGAACC